ACCUACCAACAACAACACAUGCUUCCCAUUGGUUUCUUCCUUAUUUCCCUUCCAAAUUCCAAGUAAAUUGCAUUCGGAUAUUUCUUACUUUCCCAUCUCUCUCUCCCCUACGACUUCCCCACUUUAGUACCCACUUCUACGGAGAGAAAGUAACGUUCUUCCUAACUUACCCAGGUCCCAUCUCUCUCUCUCUCUCUCUCUCUGUGCACGCUAAAAGCAUUUGUAGAGUGAGAGAGGCAUGAUUUCUCUCUCUCUCUGGGCCCAAAAAGGUAAUUCUUGAGAGAGAGAGAGCAAGAACCAUCUUCAAUUGGGGGUUUUUUUUCUCUCUCGCAUAGAUCACAAAGGGAGUUACUCCGGAUGGAGUUCGUGGGCAGGACCGUGAAGAAAGCGUUCAAGGGCUUCGGGGUGUUCUCGGGGACCGUGAGAUCGUACGACGCGUCGUCUGGGGUGUUCGAGAUCGUCUACGAGGACGGCGAUUCUGAGGAUUUGGAGUUGUCCGAGGUGGCUUCGCUCUUGGAGGGCAACGAAGAAGCCGGCGCCGGCGAAUUGGCUCAAGAGAAGCCGCGGCUCGGACGGAAGCCCAAGAAGCGGCGUCGUAUCGAGCGGAAGCGCGAGAUUCGAGGCAGGUCAGGUAAUGUUAGCGUGAAUUCGGUGACUGAUGGGAAGGAUUUGAAUGAAAAUUGUGAUUUAAGUAAUGGGUUUGGGGGGAAUUUGACAGAAAGUGUGGGGAUAGGUGGGAAUUCGAAUGGAAAUUGUAAUUUAAAUGAUGGGUUUGAAGGGAUUUUGGAAAUGGGACAUGGGUUUGGGGGGAAUUUGAGAGAAAUUGUGGAGAUUAACCGGAAUUUGGAUAUCAAUGUUGAAGAAACCCUAGAGAAGGAAGGUGGGUUUGAUUUGAAUACUGGGUUUAAUUUAAAUGAGGUGGAUUUGAAUGUUGGGUGUGAUGCACAUGUUAAGUCUGAGGAAAAUUUGAGGAAAAAGGAUUGUAUUGAUUUGAAUUUGGACGUGAAUGGUGAUUUUGAUGAGAAUGGUGGAGGUGAUUUGGGUUGUUCGGAUUCGGGAACCAAGAAGAGGAAAUGUGAUUUUGAUUUGAAUGUGGAAGUUUAUGAGGAAAUUAAGGAUACGGAUGGUGAUGGGGGAGUAGAAUUUAAGGGUAGUAAUUCUUCUGAGAUGAUUGAAGAAAGCCGAAAAAAAGAGAUUGGCGAUGUUGAAGAAAGAUGUGAGGAAGAUGGUGGCUCAAAUGGGUCUUUGGAGAAAGUUAAUUUAGAUAUCAAUGAUGUUAUUUUGACGCAGGGUAUCAGCGGGUCCCCGGGGUCUGCAGUCAGAGAUGCAUCUUUAGGGUUGACUGAAGGAGCUGAGAAGGAAAAUAGUGCUUAUAGUGGAGAUUUGAAGGUCCGUGCUUCUCUUGGUGUUUUGGAUGAUACCUGCAUUAAGGAUUCUAGUUCUAUGGAAGUUCAGUUGAAGGAUGGUCGUUCUGAGGCUGGUACUACAGUUAUUCGUGGGGACCAAGGGGACUUAGGAAGUCCAUGCAAACAAGGAAGUAGCCGGAGAAAGAGAAGAAGACUAUCAGAUAAUUUGGGAUCCACCACGGAGACAGUUUUGAGGAGAAGUACUCGUAGAGGGGCUGCACAGAGUCAUGUUUCGAUGAUGUCAUGUGCUGUCAAUGAUCCAUUGUUAUCUCCUGCGGUUAGUGCAGUAACAGAGGAAAUGGGGGCAGGUUCAGGCUGUGAAGGAUCUAAAAGGACCCGUGUACUUCCUUCAAAGCUGCAAUUUCCCCCUUCUUCGCAAAAUUUGAAUUUAGAUGAAAUUCCCGUUCUUGACCUUUUUGCGGUCUACACUUGUUUAAGAUCAUUUAGUACUUUAUUAUUUCUGAGCCCCUUUGAGUUGGAGGAUUUUGUAGCAGCAUUGAGGUACAUGUCUCCUAGUAGACUGUUUGAUUGCAUUCAUGUUUCUAUUUUGCAAACUCUGAGGAAGCAUUUGGAGUACCUUUCAAAUGAAGGUUCCGAAUCUGCUUCUAAUUGCCUAAGGAGUCUUAACUGGGAUUUGUUAGACUUAAUUACGUGGCCCAUUUUUAUGGCCGAAUACCUACUGAUUCAUGGUUCGGGAUUGAAACCUGGUUAUAGUAUUAGUCAGUUAAAGCUAUUUAAAAGCGACUACUACAAACAGCCUGCUUCUGUAAAGGUUGAGGUACUUCGGUGUCUGUGUGAUGACAUGAUUGAAGUGGAAGCCAUAAGGUCUGAGCUUAGUAGAAGAUCUUUGGCAGCUGAGCUUGACAUGGUUUUCGAUCGGAGUACGAACAUUGAGGUUUGCAAGAAAAGGAGAGUUACAGUAGAUGUUUCUGGUGGCUCUUGCUUGACUGAGGCGAUCGUUGAGGAUGCCUCUGACUGGAAUAGUGACGAAUGCUGCCUCUGUAAGAUGGAUGGAAGCUUAAUAUGCUGUGAUGGUUGUCCUGCUGCAUAUCAUUCAAGGUGUGUAGGAAUUACUAGUGAUCUUUUGCCAGAGGGUGACUGGUACUGCCCUGAGUGUGCAAUAGACAGACAUAAGCCUUGGAUGAAACUGUGGAAGUCACUUCGAGGAGCAGAGCUACUGGGAAUUGAUCUUCAUGGUCGGCUGUAUUUUAGCAGCUGUGGUUACUUGUUGGUGUCAGAGUCAUGUGACACUGAAUCCUCAUUCAGUUACUACCACAGAAAUGAUUUGAAUGCUGUUCUUGAAGUGCUGAAGGCUUCAGAAGUUUCCAAUAGUGGUAUAUUAAUGGCUAUCUACAAGCACUGGGAUAUCUCUUUGAGCUUAAAUGGAGCUAGUAAUUUGGAUUCGCUGAACAAUUCUAUAUGCUCGAACAUUCUUACAAAGGGACAAAACCCAGCUAUUCCAAUGCCCCCGGCACCAUGGACAUCUGCAGAAAUGAAUAUUGUUAAGAAUGAUGCUGAUGAAUCAAGGAAAGUGGAAGAAAACUCUGUUAGUGGAUGUUCUGGUCAUCUUGGCUGUGAGGUUUCCAUGUCUUUGAACUUAUUAGAUUCAAUGACUGCAACUGAAAGUCCAUAUGUAACUUCAGAAGGAUCAGCUGGAACCACGCAAAUGAGUCUCGACAUUCAGAAUUUUCAAAAUCAUGGACGCCACGAUUCAAAUAGAGCUGCUGAGUUCUUAGGUCAUUCUGAAAUACCUGGAAAAAUCCCAUCUCUUGGAGACAGUUCUUUGUCUACCAGCAUAGAUGUCAGACGAGAAAAUAAUACGGAAUCUGCAGGUCCUGGCCGUUACUCCUCUGCCAUAACCUCUAGAAAAGGAGACACAUCACAUGUGAAUGUUGGGAUAGGCUACAUGAACUAUUACAGUUUCGCUCAAACUGCCUCAUCAGUUGCGGAGGAAUUAAUGCGUAAAUCAUCAGACAAAAUUGAUCAAAACUCUGUAAUGUUAGAGGAAGAUAUAGUUUCAGCACAAAUGAAGGCCAUUUUGAAGAAAUGUGCCAAGUUUUGUUGGCCAAAUAUUCAGAACCUAAAUGUAAAUGCUCGGAAAGAGAAGUGUGGGUGGUGCUUUUCUUGUAAAUAUCCUACUGAUGACAGAGAUUGCUUGUUUAUCAUGCAUUUGGGGCCUUUUCAGGAAGGUCUCAAAAGCGAUGUGGUUGGGUUUCAAUCAAAAAAGAAUAGGAAAGACCAUCUCAUAGAUGUUAUAUGUCAUAUCCUCUCCAUGGAAGAUCGCCUGCGCGGGUUUUUGUUGGGUCCAUGGCUGAAUCCACAUCAGACCAAGUACUGGCAUAAAAGUAUUCUUAAGGCAUAUGAUGUAGCGUCUAUUAAGCAUUUGUUGCUCACAUUGGAGUCGAAUUUGCAUCCUCUUGCAUUCUCAACUGAGUGGUCAAGACAUGUGGAUUCUGUUGUUACCGUGGGUUCAGCGUCUCAUGUUGUGAUCAGUUCAUCACGUGCAUCCUCAAAGCAGGGGAUUGGCCGAAAAAGGGUUAGGUCUUCAGAACCUGAGUCCAAUCCUUCAUCAAAAGCUACUAGUGGAUUGGGUAUAUUCUGGUGGAGGGGUGGUAAACUUUCUCGUCAGGUGUUUAAUUGGAAGGUUCUGCCUUCCUCCUUGGCUUCCAAGGCUGCCAGACAAGCUGGGUGUACGAAGAUACCAGGCAUAUUAUAUCCUGAGAAUUCAGAAUAUGCGAAGAGAAGUAGAUACGUUGCUUGGCGAGCUGCUGUUGAGACAGCAUCGAGUGUAGAGCAGCUUGCUUUCCAGGUCAGAGAUCUUGAUUCAAAUAUUAAGUGGGAUGACAUUGAAAACACACAUGCUCUCCCUGCAUUGGACAAGGAAUCUAGAAAAUCAAUCAGAUUAUUUAAGAAAGUUAUUAUCCGCAGGAAGUGCACUGAAGGGGAAGUGGUAAAAUAUCUUCUUGAUUUUGGCAAGAGAAGAGUUCUCCCUGACAUUGUUAAAAGACAUGGGUCCCGGGUGGAAGAAUCCUCUAGUGAAAGGAAGAAAUAUUGGUUGGUGGAAUCUUAUGUUCCUUUGCAUCUCCUAAAAAAUUUUGAGGAGAGAAGAGUUGCCCGCAAAUCUAAUGGGAUGAAAUCUGGGAAACUUCUUGAGGUUGGUAGAGUAAAAAAGAGGUCCUCCCGGAAAAUGGGAUUUUCAUAUUUGUUCUCAAAAGCAGAAAGAUCUGAGUAUCAUCAGUGUGGGCACUGCAAUAAAGAUGUCCUGAUCAGGGACGCUGUGAGCUGCCAGUACUGCAAAGGAUUUUUUCAUAAAAGGCAUGUCAAGAAGUCUGAUGGGGCCAUCACUGCUCAAUAUACAUAUACAUGCCACCGAUGCCAGGAUGGGUUGCGUGCCAAGAUUGAUGCAAAAAGAUGGAAAACUGACACAAAGCGAGGGAAAGUACAGUCACAGAAGCGUAAAAAAGCCUCCAAAGAUUGCAGGCCAGUUCAACUAAAACGUGGUAAAAAAGCCUCAAAGGGUGGACAAAUACAAUCAAAAAACAAUAAAAAAGCUCCACCUGCUGUGCCUCUACGUCGUUCGCCUAGGAAAGCUAAAUGCUUGUCACUGCAAAAUAAAAAGCCUGGAGGACGCAAGAAAGUGAAGCAGAAAAAAUCGAAAAAGACGAUGUAUAAGAAACCAAAGAGACGCACUUCUUGGCAGAAGAAGAGAACACAAGUUUACCACAGUUACUGGCUUAAUGGUCUUCUGUUCUCCGGAAAGCCUAAUGAUGAAAGAGUGAUGCAUUUUAGGGAGAAAAAUAUCCUUGCCUCGUCUGAGAAAUUGUAUGUAAAUCUUGAUCAGCCCAAAUGCCGUCUUUGUGGUGAAGCGGGUUGUGCAUCUACAUUAAGUAAUAUUGCUUGUGAAAUAUGUGGAGAGUGGUUUCAUGGAGAUGCUUUUGGACUCAAUCCAGGGAACAUCGAUAAGCUUAUUGGAUUUAGGUGCCAUGUAUGUCGCAAAAGAGACCCUCCUAUCUGCCCCCAUGUGCUAACUGUGAAAAGUGGAGUGUCCCAGUUGGUUGUUGAGACACAAAGUAAUGCUGUGGUUGAAUGUAAUGAUGAAGUAUCUAACGCUGUCCCACCAUUGAGCGAGAUUACGUGCAAUUGAAAUCCCUUGGCAUUUGAGGGUGAAUACUUCAGUACUGUUGGGGUCUGAUCCAUUUCUUUUCUUAUAAAGAGGAUGAUUAUUAUUUGUCAAGAACCCAUUGGGUUAAAAAGUGAAGGAAUUGAUAAUUGUGAGUGGGUUUAAGAGGUUUCAACUACAGGAUAAGCAGAGAACUUCGACUAAGAAGAAAAACUCUUUGGUUUAGGAAAAGAAAGAUCGAAUAUGCUAGCGGGCAAAGCCAGUAUAACCAAAGUAGAGGGUUGCGGCACCGAAGCACUAUACUGAGAACCAUUCCAAGAAGGAAAGGAAUGUUCGGUAGCAAGGAAGGAGAGGUUUUCAGUAAUCUCAGAAGAGAGCAAUCUAUGAUCGUUGAGGCGAAGAUGCUGGGUAUCCUGUCAGGUCCUAAGUUCUUCCUGCUGGAGAUUGCCCAACAGUGUUAAAUUCAAUCAUAGAACCUUUUUCACAUUCUUUAUCAUGUGGUACAGGUUGUGGUAACUGGUAAGAUACUGACUUAUAGGGGUGACUUGGUUUAGUUUUUAUUUACAUUUGGGACUAACAAUUGAUAGGAAAAGAAAUUGCGAUUUAAGGCAAGACUAGAUGGAAAAACCAAAAAAAAAAAAAACAAAAAAAAACAAAAUUAGUUCAUUUCUGGGGGGAUGUUAGACAUUGUAGAACAAAUACUCAGAUAUUCUUGCGACAUUAGUCAUGAUAGUGCCAGUUUAGAUUAUUCAUAUAUUUGAGUGUAAAAUGAUUAUUCUCAAGAGAAUGAAGCCUGUCUUCCUAGUU